CCCCUGUCUUGGCCUCCAACAGCCCAGACGGGAAUCACUCCACCUCUUAAAUUCCCAAAAUUUCCCACCUUCUCCUGAUCGCAUUGUCGAUUGCGGUUUGAUUUCAUCGCGGUUUCGUCCCUACAUCAUCCAGUUACACCUCUCCCUAGUACCUUGCGUUCACUCUCUCAACCUGAUUCACGCAGUGCAAUCGAUCAGCCGCCCUCACCAACGCGUUCCCUCGCUCGACCUGACAAGCUCUCCGUCCGCUGCAUCCGAAUCGCAUCGUCCGCGACGACCCCCUUCGCCACCAUGCCUGGCCGAACACUUCCCACCUUUACGCGCAGCGAGGUCGAGUCGCACAACACCGAGAAAUCAUGCUAUGUGACCAUCAAGACAAAGGUGUUCGAUGUGACCGAUUUCCUCAACGACCAUCCAGGUGGCGGCGACUUGAUCAUGGACUAUGCGGGCAAGGACAUUGAAGAGAUUCUCCAGGACGGCGAUUCGCACUCCCAUUCCGAGGCCGCCUAUGAAAUCCUCGACGACUCGCUCGUAGGAUACGUCUUGCCCGAGAAGGCCGUGUCCGCGUCGACCCAGAAAGAGUCGCUGCAGAAUGGCACCGUUGAAGGAGCCACCGAGACCAGCACGUUCGUCCACCCACGGACCGGAAUGUCUCGCGAAGAGGACCUGAGUAAGGAUACGGACGCUUCGUCAGACUACAAGAAGCACAAGUUCCUGGACCUGGAACGGCCGCUUCUGUUGCAGCUUUGGAACGGCGGCUUCAGCAAGGAAUUCUACCUGGAUCAAGUCCACCGCCCUCGCCACUACAAAGGCGGCAAGUCAGCACCUCUGUUCGGAAACUUCCUGGAACCCUUAUCCUUGACACCAUGGUGGGUCGUGCCCAGUAUCUGGGUGCCGGCCGUCAUCUAUGUCACGUCUAUCGCGAGCCAGGGACUCGGUCCUCUAGCAACUGCCGGUUAUUGGGUAUUUGGGGUGUGCUUCUGGACCUUGAUAGAAUACGCCAUGCACCGCUUCCUCUUCCACAUUGACGGAUAUCUCCCUGACAACCGUGUCGGUAUCACCCUGCACUUCCUGCUCCAUGGCAUCCACCACUACCUGCCCAUGGACAAGUACCGCCUAGUCAUGCCGCCGACCCUCUUUGUCGCCCUCGCCGCGCCGUUCUGGAAGUUUGCGCAAUCCGUCAUCUUCUGGAACUGGUACGGCGCUACCGCUGCCUACGCUGGUGGCGUCUUUGGUUAUGUUCUCUACGACAUGACUCACUACUUCCUGCACCACGAGAACCUUCCUCUAUGGUACAAGCAGCUCAAGAAGUACCAUCUCCAGCACCACUUCCUUGACUACGAGCUAGGCUUUGGUGUCACCAGCAAGUUUUGGGACGACAUCUUUGGCACCACGCUCCGCCCUGUCGUUAAGACCAACUAGGCACCAAGGUCCUGCAGAUUUCGCCCACGUGUAGUACAUGAGACAUGCAUCGAAUGAUCUAGUUUGAGGUUAGACUGAACGAGGUUACAAGGGUUUGGCAUGGUUCAGCAUUAAUGAAGGCUUUGUUAGGAGCCUGCUACGCAUACAUAUAUAUUCACGUUGUAAUAAGAAGCCGCGGGCGGCAGUGACCUCCCCGGCCAUACCGGGUGGGCUUCAUGGUUGUAAUUUAAUCCUAAACAACUACUUUUAUAUCCAGACUUGUUCGAGCGACUGGGAAAGUUGAUGAUUCCACAUGCAGUCUAGGUGUCAUCUGGAGCUUACAGUACUAGCCAAUAACCCAUGCCUCCCAUGGGCGCUGCGCUCCAAUGAUCACGUGACAUGACUCGGUCUAAAAGUUCUCGCCCCGCCCCACUGAACCCAUCUCAACCAACCC